AUGCCGCUCAAGUACACCGUCCGGCGCGGGGUCCCCGAGGACCUCCCCGCCCUGUGGCCCAUCGCCGAGGCCGCCUUCGAGUCCGACACCGAAGCCUACUGGACGCGUCUCUGGCGCGACGCGGCCAGCGCCGAGGAGCUCGCCGCCGCCGCGGGCCCCUGGUGGACCGCCUGGCAGCGGCGGGAGAUGGCGACGCCGGGCAAGCACUUCUGGGUCGCAACGGCGGCGGCGCGCGAGGACGACGCCAGAGAUCGGGGAGAGGAGGAGAUCGUUGCCUUUGUCAGCUGGCAGCAGCCGCUGAGCGAGGUCGACCCAAACGCGGGCAAGACGGACGCGGAAAAGGCCGCGGAAAAGGCCGCGGCCGCGGCCGAGUGGCCUCCGUGCAUGGACCCGUCCAUCCUCGACGUGCGCCGCGCGAAGCACGCCGAGGUCAUGCGCCGGGAGCUCGGGGAGUCGUGGAGGGACAUGUGGGUUACGCAAAUCAUGGCGGUCCACCCGAGCCACCAGCGCAAGGGGCUCGCGACGAUGCUCAUGCGUCGGGUAAUGGACAAGGUCGAGGAGAGCGGCGCCGGGGCCAUUUUGGUGGCCACGCCGGAAGGCAGGAAGACCUACAACAAGCUGGGCUUUAAAGACGUGUGCGGCUACAGCCUCCCUUUUGACAAGUAUGAUGUCUGGCUAAUGCAAUGGAAGGGGAGUCGGGAGCCGUGA